AUGCAUAAUGCAUAUGAAAAAGGGCUAGUUCCCAAAGAUUUCGAGAAGUGCCUAAUGAUACCAUUACCAAAAAAAAAGAAGUCGGAAAAAUGUGAAGACCAUAGAACCAUAAGUCUAAUAACACAUGCAUCGAAAAUAUUAACAAAGAUAAUUCACAAAAGAAUAGAAGCAAAAAUAAGUGUCAAUCUAAAGGAAGACCGAUUUGGUUUCAGGAGGAAUAGGGGAACCAGGGAGGUUAUACUAUGCUUAAGAAUGAUCAUGGAAAAGAUGUAUAGAGUAAACAAGCCUAUGUAUAUAGCGUUCAUUGACUUAUAA